AUGGCUCUUUCUGUAAAGGCUUACAUUCACCCGGACACAAAUCAACAAGAAAUUCGUCGAUUCGCCAUCGACGAAGGAGUCUCUGCGAGCUACGCCUAUUUGGCACAGAAGAUAGAGCAAGUGUUCCCAGUUGUGAGGGGCAAGAUUUUCAAACUUUUUUGGAAAGGUAAAGCGUAUUUAGUUUACUUUGAUUUUAAAUUUGCUCGGUAGAAAGACGUUACUAAUACUGGAUCGAACGCAGAUAAACAUUUUUUCGCGCUAAUUUGCAACCUGCAGAGACGCUCAAUUGCGUUGAAAAUUGUAUUUCCCUUUCCAAACAGAUGCAGAUAAUGAGAUGAUAACCUUCUCAAGCGACGAAGAGCUGGUGGAGGCUUUAGGGAGCAUCAGCGGAGAUGUAUUUCGUGUUUAUGUCAAGGUCGAUGAAAACUCUUCUCGAGAUUAUUCUUUGGGAGAGGGUAAGAAGAACCUUCAAUUGUAAUGAUUUUCAAUAAGCUUAUGUUAAAAUGAAUUUCUGUCAUUGUCAAAAAGUUGCGACAUUUUAUGUGCUUUAGCUUGGAACUUCCCAUUUUUUCGUCAUGAAGGUCUUUUCAAAAGUUCUUUAUUGGUAUUUUAUUUUAGUUCUUUAUUGGUAAUUUAGUUGAACAAAUGCAUUAAUUAAGCUAAGUUUCACUCAAAAAACAAAACGUGGCAAUUUUGAGUCACCAGUUCUUUUGAAAGAAUCCCAGUCAUCAUGAGUCAGCAAAAAUUUGGACAGUGAUUAACAGUAAACAGAAAAGCGAUUUGCUUGCAUUUGAAAAUUAUAUUGAGAAUAUUUCUCAAAAAUUAUGUUACUCAUUGUCUUGUAGUCUUUUUGUAAUCUAUUUCUGUUACAGUAUCAAGGGAAAACUAAAAGGCCCUUUUAUUCUUUUUUCCAGGGGAAGGUAUAAAUGCAGAACAGUCUGGCCCAGCUCAUCCUGGUGUGGUCUGCGACGGCUGCGAGAAGCACAUUUUUGGAAUUCGCUUCAAAUGUGUGGUGUGCCCAAACUUUGAUCUUUGCCAGACAUGUGAAACCAAAGGCAAACAUAAGGAACAUGAGAUGCUGCGCAUUUCCACUCCAAGAGAUCCAGGUUAUAACUUUUUCCAUGGCAUGAAUCCAUUUGCAUUCCAUCCCCCACAUCACCCUCCUCAUGUCCCUCCACACCACCCUCCCCAUGGUCCUCCACCACACCCACAUCUCCAUCCAAAUGUUCAGGUGUAUGCUGACUUAGGGCAUGGAUUUGGUCCUUGGGGGCGUGGUGGUUAUGGACGGAGGGGAAGUCGUCGACGUGGAGGAGGAAAACCACGUUGUCACAGUGGACAAAACAAGUAUGAUCGCCAUGCUCAAACAGAUUCUGGUGAAGAACCUAAUGAAAGUACUGAGGUUCCUGUUGGCCCACCAUUUCUUCAUGCUGUCGGGGAGACUAUUGCUUCCUUCCUUGGACCUUUGGGUGUAGAAGUGCAUACAUAUGCCAGUAAUGAAACAGGUACAGUACGCUGUAUUUAAGGCUAUUUGGGAAAAUAGUACUAUGUGCCAGGCAUGACUAAAAAAAACAAAGCAAAAAAAAAAAAACACUUUAUUUGAGUUUCAAUGUUUUUAGCGCAAAAGGACUAAAUAAAUGUUGAGGAAGCUAUUUUUACAUCCCCUAAUGGAGACGGGAGGUCAUAAAAUCCUUACUUUUAUGACCGGGAGUAUUUGUCCCGCUCUGGUAAUUGAACCCACAACCCCCUGCUCUACUGUUGUAGCAAAUCCUGUUAUGGUAACACUUAGGUAUAUUUUUGGAAAAAAAAAAAUUUUCCUAGUUAAAGCGGCAUAGUUUAAAAUGCUGUAAAGAACUUUAGUUUCAUUAGACAUUUGUAUGACCUGUGCAUUUUGUCUGCUUUUCAGAGAAAAAGAUAUCUUUUGUUUUAUCUUAGCCUGAGAAAACAGCCGACAUUUGGUGACACUACCACUGGUUUGCAUGCCAAAUGACAUCUGAGAAGCAAGUGCAGAAAUUCCAUACCAAUGAGGCAUCAUUACCCAGAUCUGAUUUGUUGUGCUGCUUGGGAAAUUUGAUUCAACCAAUCAGAAGCACAACCCAGAUUUUGGUAGUGAUGUGUCAUCAGUAUGGAAUUUCUGUGCUCGUUUCUCAGACGUCAUUAUUUUGUUGGGGAAACCAGUGGUAGCAUUGCCAAAUGUCCGCUGUUUUCUCAGCCUAGUUUUAUCUUUACCGUGCUGUCAUUAGAAAGUGAAUGCAUUUAUAUUUUUUAUAUUGUUGAACAUUUUUGUCAUUAUGAUAUUUUUCAUGCAGAUUGUUGCCAAGGUAGAUGUCAGGAUGGUUUUAGUGAAAACUCAAACAAUGCAGAAGAUGGUCCAUCAGGGGAGUCCACAGGCACACCAGCCAAUGAAGGCCAAGGUGACACGGUACCUGUGACUUCUGUAAAUGGAGAGACGGCAGAAAUG